AUGAUUUGCCUGCUAUGCGUGCUUGAUAUCAGCCUUCAAUUCAUACAGUCUUAUCCUUAUCCGGUAAAGGAACUGCAGAUGAAUAUUCGCCGUGCUCAGUCGGAGCCAUCGACCGAUCCGGAGGGGAGCGCGGACGGAGAGGGAUUUCGUCACUCGAUCCGUCCGUGGUCGAAUCCAAAUGCUUUCACAGAGGGCAUUGAUGGGACCGGACUCCACGGUGCUUACAUGGUGCUAGAUCCCACAUUUGACCUGACGCGUCUAAUGAAACACCUUCACAUACCGUUGUCAGUGGCCACCGCACACAAGUUGGAUGAACAUUUGCAAGCACUGCUCAAACCUGCGCGGAAUGCGGUAACUGAACUGCUCGGAAUACGUGAACUACUCUUCAUGUCGUUGCGAAAAUUGAACUAA